AAAACGGAUUGUUAGCAGUCGAAUGAAAAGGAGGACGUUGCGAUCCAUUAAAGCAACUGUAACAAACACCAAUGAACCAGAACCUCCAUCACCGCCAAGGUUGAAGAAAAGCGCAACCGUAAACAAUCAAUUAUAAGCUUCUCCAAGCCUAUGGACAACAAAAACGUAGUCGUCUGCGACAAUGGCACUGGAUAUGUCAAAUGUGGAUUUUCUGGAGAGAAUUUUCCCACCUCUGUAUUCCCUUGUGUGGUUGGAAGGCCCAUGUUACGGUAUGAAGAAUCUCUCAUGGAAGAACAGUUGAAGGAUAUCUGUGGUUGGAAGAAGCUUGCGGCUGACUUGAGGCAUUCAACUUAGAUUCAUCAGUAUCCUGUUUUGGAAAUAGUUCAAAACUGGGAUGACAUGGGUCAUGUGUUGGGGAUCAUGCAUUUUAAUGAACUUAAAGUUAAACCUCAGCAGCUGAUGUGUAAGAUUCUACUCACAGAUCCACCUUCGCGAGACUAUGUUGAAGAUUACAACUUUGCUGCUGUCUCCUUUAUUCAAAUUCCAGGCUGUUUUUUAACAUGUAUUGCCCAGUAUCUUGUUUGAUUUCUUUCACGGAGAGGUUAUGCAAUAAUAUUGACAACUUACUUUGAGACUGUUAGGAAAAUGAAAGAGAAGCUCUUGGUGGUCAGUUAUGAUUACAAAAGGGAGUAUCAAUUAGGACUUGAGACGACAAUCCUUGUUAAGCAUUACACUCUGCCAGAUGGAAGGGUAAUAAAUGUAGGCACUGAGCGGUUCCAGGCACCAGAGGCUCUUUUUACACCAGAUCUUAUAGAUGUGGAAGGUGAUGGAAUGGCUGAUAUGGUUUUUCGUUGCAUCCAGGAAAUGGAUAUUGACAACCGGAUGAUGUUGUACCAACACAUAGUAUUAAGUGGAGGGAGCACAAUGUACCCUGGAUUACCCAGUCGCUUGGAGAAAGAAAUACUGGAUCGCUAUCUUGAUGUUGUUCUGAAAGGAAACAAAGAUGGGUUAAAGAAACUACGGUUGCGGAUUGAGGAUCCACCACGAAGAAAGCAUAUGGUCUACCUUGGAGGUGCAGUUCUUGCUGGAAUUAUGAAGGAUUCGCCAGAGUUCUGGGUUAGCAGAGAAGAUUAUUUAGAAGAAGGAAUUGCUUGUCUGAGCAAGUAUGGGUAGGCAUUAAAAGUGAAGGCUUUGCAACCGCUUUACAUUUCUGUAAAUACGAGAUAUUCUUCGAAAAGAAACGUAUACGCUUGCAGAAGGUUUCUGAACUUAUGAAAAUGAAUGUUCAUCUUGGAUAAAGAAUUUGAUAUUCCAGGAAGUGAUUCAUUGAUAACUACCAGCAAGCAAUAGAUUCAAUUUGUACUGUCCUUCUGACAGAAGGGGAGAAACAGAUAUUGCAUCCUAUUUCAUGAAGAUAGAUAACAUUGUCUGAUUAUGUCAACAUAAGUUAUGAGGCUUUCUGACUGAUCACAACUAUCCGGAUGCUUGAAUUGAUAUUUGACUUCUGAAUGGUUGAAUUUUGAGAAAGGAGCAAACAUCUUAAAAUUUUUAUUUUUCCUGAACAUUUUUCAAUUGUUUUUCAA